UCCACCGGAAGUCGAUUGGCUAGCUAGGAACUGAUGCUAGAGCAGUUUAGCAAGCAUUUAGCACAUGGGUUUUGAAAAAAGUAUAAAUAAAUAGAUCGUGAUAUUCAAAACCGAAUUUUAUCGUAGAUCAUUUUACUUUCUACCGAUUCGAACGUAAGACUCAUACAGACCAUGGACGCGACGGUCACGCAAGACCUUAAGAAACUGUAACGUUACUCAGACUAUGACUUCAAAAUUUUAUUUUGGACAGACCAUCUUCGCCAAGUGGCAUCUUCAGCAAGAUGUUUUCUGAGCUGGACAGCAUCCUUGAUAUAAGUCCGGAGAAUUGCCCGCAGAGAGAGUUCAUUCUUCUGUCGGAUAGAAAAGCGGAUGCUUCGUUUCUCAUUCACUACUUCCUUUCUUUCUACUUGCGAGCGGGCUGUAAGGUGUGCUUCCUUGGGCUUGUGCAGUCCUUCAGUCACUAUAGUGCUGUCAGUCAGAGAUUGGGUGUCAGUCUUACCCAAGCCAGGGAGAAAGGACAGCUGGUAUUCCUGGAGGGGCUGAAGGGUGCUUUGGCUGUUCUGCUAGAGGAGGAACCCAGCCCAUCACCGCAAAAACUGGCCUUCCUCAGGUCUCCUCAUACUAACCUGCGGGGACUGUAUGAGUUUGUACAGGGAUCUCUUAUGGCAAAGGGCGAAGGGGACAAAUGGGGCCCUCCUGUGCUUAUUGUAGAUGACCUGACAGUGUUCCUGAGUCUUGGUGUAAGAGGGGGAGCGGUGCUGGACUUCACACACUAUUGCAGAGCCUUUGUGUGCUCCAAGCUGCAGGGCAAUGUGGUAAUGCUAAUUAGAGGUGAGGAGGAGGAAAGUGAUGAAGAAGGCUCAGAAUGGCUGCUGAAAGGCCUCACUCACCAGUGCAGCCUUGCACUACGUGUGGAAGGCCUCCCCACUGGCUACUGCAGAGAUAUCCAUGGGCAGAUGGAGGUGUUCCGACGGGUCAAUGGAAGUUGUGUUGGAGGGCCAAAGACUCAAAAGAACCUCUUCCAGUACAAGGUCCAUGACAAGGGAGCAUCCUUCUUUGCCCGGGGCACCUCCAGUGCUGUGCUCUGAGUCCCUGACCACAGUGCUCCACUUUCAGAAACCCAACAGCAUGACUAUCACCUGCACAAGAGGGUUACUGGGACAUAAGAUGUUCUGGAUGAAUGGACAGAUGGACAAACACACGCACACACACACACACACAGACACACACAGUAUGGCCUUGGAUGCUCAGAGAAGAUUGGCAGAUCUGACAUCCCCCAGAGUAAAAGAUGAGACACCUGAAGUCUUGUAACGAAGAGGAAAUGGAAUUGUAUUGCUGUAAAGAAGGAUUACACGGAAUAAUAAGGUCUUCGUGAAACAUACUUCUUUGCAAACAUGCUACUACAUUGUCAAGAGUUUAUAGCUAGAUGGCUGGAUGUAUUUGUGACAGUUGUCUUGUGAUAUGCUUGCAUAUGUUUGCACAUUGGCAGUUUCUUAACAUUUUAAUUUUUUGUUAUGCAAUUGAAACUAACCAGCUGUCAAAAAGCACUGAUUUGCUGAUAAAUGGAAUUAUGGUACCAUACAUUAUGAAAGCUUAAUCCACCAUAGUGAAAAUAUGCUUAAUGUGGUAUAUAAUGUAGAACAUAGGCAGAUAAGAACUCUUAGAUUGAAUAAAGCUGGGUCUUGGUAAUGGAGGACUGCAGCACAACCGAUACUUAAACACACAACCAUUCACCUCUCAGGCUACAAAAGAAAAAGUUCUUAAGACAAACUAAAUGUCAGGACUAUGAGUGGACUGUCUUUUUUUUUGGACAUGCUUUAAUAAAUUUGUUUCUCUAAACAUCA